AUGGAAGAAGAGAGUAACAGGGCUGAAGAUAAAAUUCCUUUGUUCACAGUAGAAAUGAAAGUCAGAGCUUCCCAGCUCAUUUUCAUCAUUGAUACAGCUGCAGCCAAGUCUGUUAUCUCUGAAGAAGAGUACACAAAUGACAUUCCAAUGGCUGCCAGAGAAAUUAGUGAUGAAACUCGAAAGGAUGUGGUGCUCAGUAAAGUGCUCAAUUAUGUCAUAACUGGCGGGCCUAAAGAGCGUGAUGAUGAGAAAUUGCAGGAGAAUUUCACAUUCAGUCUGGUGGAUUUCUGUGGACAGACCAUCAAGGCUGAUGGAAUAAUUAUUAACUCCCAUCAAGAAUCUCAGAAGGAUUAUCUUGUCACAGUCGGGACUGACUGUGAGUUUACAAUGCAGGCUACUUCCCCGAAGGACAAAGUUCAGUUCCAGUUUAGAUUCUUCUUGGUAUACAGUCUGCUGCGAGAGUCUUCUAUCCUUCAGCCCACCACAGCACUUCAACUACUGCAGCGCAAUGCAACAGGACCUCUGUCCCUACUAGAGACCACCAGACCUGGGCAAAAAGCACUAGGAGAAGAGAUUACUAACACAUGCAAAGCUGGAUCAUAUGUACAAUUUUAUGAUGGGAAGAAUAGAAAUUCACCACCUAUUGGCUCCCUUUUAUGUGGGAAGAGUAUCCCCAAACCAAUUUUAUCAACUGGGAACUAUCUUACAUUGAGACUGGUCACCAGAGGUCAACAACCCAGAGUGGACUUUGUUGGAGAUUUCACAUCCUUUCGACCAGGUUUCAAAUCUUCAACGUGCAGUGAUGAGCCAUACUUUCAAUGUCAAAAUGGGAAGUGCAUUCCCAAGAGUCUGGUCUGUGAUUCAGAAAGUAUUGAUAACUGUGGAGAUGGCAGUGAUGAGACCGGACUUCUUCCAGGAAAAUGCAAAGAUAAUUUCUUCAACUCAGCAACUGUUGGUAAGGCCAGCUCAAGCACCAUGGAGCCUAACAAUUCACUGUCGCCUUCUGUCAACCUCACUGCUCUUUGUCAAACGCCAAAUAGACGUCAUCACCUUCUACCAGCCAGCGUCCUUUAUCCGGGCUCUGUUACAGACACCAAGUCGUACGUUUCACUGCUCACCCUCUACGUCAUCCUGGGAGUCAUUGCUGGGGUGAUCCUGCUGUUCUGGUGUUGUUGGUCACCAGGCUGGUUGGUUUGGAGGCUCAGUGUCUGUAGGUUCCUCCCGUGCUGCAACUCCUUCUGUGCGGCCUGUCAGCUCUGCACUCACAGCUGCUGUCGGACGGACAACAGUCGACUGGCCAAGGUCACACCGCAAAGCACAAUCCCUGUACCUGUGUAA